AUGACAGUUCUGGUAAUGUUUACAAAUGGUUUGGUAAAAUUCACCGCAUUUCUAGUACGAUUGCCGAAUUUCUUUUAGUUCACCGAGAAAAAAGAUGUCCACUCGGUGGUAUCCCAUUUACCAGCGAGGAAACCCUCAGUUGCGAGUGUUCCUGCCCAACUUCUGGCUGAAGCUGGUACGACCGGAACAAAAACAACCCCCAAACGUGGUGCAGUUCGCGUGCUCCAUGGAAAUGACCCGCCAUGAUGUGAAGAAUUAUUUAGAGAAAAUCUACAAAAUUCCGGUAGUAAAUGUACGUACUCGCAUUGCCAUGGGCAACACGAAGCGCGAUAUGGUGCUGGGAUACGUGACGAAGGAGGAAGAUACUAAGCUAGCGUAUGUAACACUGCCAAACACUAUGAAAUUCGACUUCCCGGAUAUCUUUCCAUCUGAUGCGAAGAAGAAAAUAGAGGAGGACAAAAAAUCGCUCGAUGACGCGAAGAAAAACCACAAAAAGUUUCUGGACAAAAACAAAGACCGACCCGGUACGCCGGGCUGGUUUUCGAUUUGAAGUCAAAUCAGUAGCGCAGCACUACUACUAUAUAGUUUAUUUAAUCGAGCAUUGCCACAGAUCAAGCAAAUAAAACCAGUUUUAUUACUGUCUGGUUA